AUGUCCCGCAGAGCACGGGAAUCCGAGUCCGAGUCCGAGGCCGAGGCCGAGGCGCCGCUGCGGCUGGACGAACCGCUCGCCGAGGAGGGCCUGCAAGAUAUAGAUUUUGAUUUCGACGACCCACAGGAGCGGCACGCGCCGAGCAUUUUGGGCUUGCUCCGGAAGCACCCGCUCGCGGACGUCGCGCCCAGGCCCGCGCUGGCCGCGCUGGCCGACUUGCUCGCUGGCGACCCCAGAUCCGUCGGCACCGUCGUCGGCUCGGGCGGCGGCGACGACCUGAUAGGCUUCGUCGCCGCCGUCGACCUGGCCGCCUACGACGCGGGCGCGCACGCGGGCGUCGACGCGGCGCGCGCGUGCCUCGGCGCGCUCGCGGCGGGCGCGGCGCGGCCGGUCCUCGUCACGCACGCGUUCUUCGUGAACACACCGCCCAAGGUCGUCGCCGCCGCGUUCCAGUGCUUCGCCGCGGACCUCGACGCCGCCGCGUUCGAGGCGGACGCGCUCGUCGUCCCGGUCCGCGCCGCCGACGAGGACCGGGCCGAGGCCCCGCGCGCGAAGAAGGCGCGCGUCGCCGUUUCGUGCGCGAGCUUCCACGACGACGAGUUCGCGCGCGCGUCCCGCGACGCACUCGACCUCGGCGGCGGGGCGACGCUCCUGGCGCUCGACCCCGGCCAGUUCGCCGCCGCCGUCGCCCGCGUUGGGGCGCUCGCGGAGGAAACGUAG